AUGUUUUCUGGUUCAUCUGGAGAAAUAACAUCACCAGACUAUUAUAGUAGGACAAAUUAUAAAGACAGCCAGAAUUGCCAAUUUGACAUUCGAGUUAGUUCUGGUUAUGCAGUUAAGCUGACAUGGACUACAUUUGAUGUCAAGGGUGAUAUGCCCAACUGCUAUGAUGAUUACGUGGAGAUUUACAUUGGAUGCAGCCGAAAGUCCAUCGGGAGAUAUUGCUCUGAUAACAGCUACAAACCCCAUGAUAUCUACUCACCAGAUAACUGCUUGCGUAUUAAGUUUAGAAGUGAUGGCUCUGGAAGUGGAAAAGGAUUUUCUGCCCAAUAUUCUACAAUGUCCAAGUCAUUUUUCGGUAAAUAUCUAUUACAUGUAUACAAACGCAAAGAAGUACCAUAUCCAUGUCCGUAUGAAUUUAAUUGUAGUUGGGUUCAUAUUUCUGGGGAACUCCUUUACUAUAUUUAUAUGAUGCCAUUUUACCUUGUAUGGAAUGUCAGAGCAUGCCAAAGUGAUAAAUAUGAAAUCUUAUUUUGUAGUAGAUAUUUGCUGCUGUACUUUUUUAUAAGUCUUGUGCAUUAAAGCUUUUUGGUUCAGGUCCUGGUAGUUUAGGAUAACCAUAUUUAAAAUGACUGAUGUGUACAGAUUUGUUUAAUUUGAUUAAUAUUUUAUUUACAUCAUAUUCCUUAUUUCAGCUAGAACCACGCACAUAUAAGUAAGGAAUUUUAUUUUAAUUAUAUACCUCUUAUUGGCAGGUAUGGUACAUGUAAGUUAUAGGUGAAAUCCAUAAUCAAUUAACCAGUUCUUCCAAAUUUAUGUCACAUGCAGGCUGGUUAUAUUAUGAAGAAUUAGACAGGGGAUUAGAGUCAACCAGAAAUGGUGAAAUCUUUGUAUCGGUAAUAACAAUAGUUAUGCCCUUUAUUUUAUCUUGCGGGUCCCACAGUCUUUAGUAAGUAUCAUGAUUUACUUGCAGAAAAUUAUUGGUUACAGUCAUUCUUCUAAGACGGACACCUUUGGGACCGACGCUAAGUGUCCGUCUUAGAUAGAUGUCCAUCUUAUAGAGAAGCAAUUAAAUGGAGUAAAGAAAGGCAGGGACCAACUCUAAUAAGUGACUGUUUUACAGAGGUGUCUGUCUUGUAGAGGUGUCCGUUGAGAGAGAGUCGAAUGUACAUGUAGAUGAUUUAGGUGUUUUGUCAGGUGAGGAAAAGGUGGGCAUUAGACCAGGUGAUGUUGUGACUGGUAUUGAAGUCCAAUAAAUGGGUCAUUCCCUGAUCAUGGACAUUACAUUUGCAUGAGUGUGGUUAGAGAAAAAUCAUUAGAACAAAUACAAAACAAGACACUGUGGGAGCGUAUACUUGGGCAUUGUUUAAUUUGGCAUAUUCUAAUUUUUUGUGUGUGUGUGUGCUAGGGAUGUGUGAGUAAUGCACUAGUGUUGUAUACUGGACAUUGUUCGGUAUGAUAACUGCUGUAGUUUAUGAAUCAUUUUAAUUGGUUCGUGGUAGAACUUGAUUUGAAGAAUCAUAAAAUAGGUUUGUCAGAAGGGAUUUUAGGUGUUGCAGCGAGGUUAAGUGAUGCAAAACUUGUCCUUUAUUCACAAUGAGGACAAAAUGUCUUGACCCAAAUGGUUUGUUAAGAUCACUGGCCGUUUCACAUGCACUUCCACAAAAGUCAUCUACUGCAUCACCUGUAUGCUAUAUAAAAAGAUCUAUUACAGGCAAAACAGGCUGGAAACUAGGUGACCAUUUCCAAGAACAUCUUUGAGAUGUGGAAAGAAAUGACAAGGACGCGUCAAAACCAGUAGCAUGCCAUUUUAAUCUUCCAAAUCAUUCAAGUCCAAAUAUGGCAAUCUGUGGUCUCUCUCUUCACUAAGGCAACAUAGGGAGCCGCAAGAAUCAACUUAUGUUAAUUUGCAAAAUGAAAUGAAACAAUGAUAUUUUACUGUAAUUUGUGAAACGAAACGAAGCAAACAAUCUUUGACUACACACAGAAAAAAAGACUUGCUAGAUUCUAAGUAAGUUACUGUUGGACAGCACUUUUCUUUUGCAAUCUAAUCACCGUGGCCAUUUUGUUUCGUUAAAUACUAACGGAGGCUCAGUUGGUAAUCGACGAAACAAUGCUCUCAAAUUCUUUUCAUUAAAGGCCUUUUUCUGAAGUAUGGUCUGUCAGAUAAAGCGGACAUUGCUUUGUCAAAUGGGGUAAAUAUAUAUAUAUUUUUGGUCAAGAUAGUCUUCUUGUUGCGCUAAAUACCAAUGUCAGAGGCUUAUUUGGUAAUUCACGAAACAAUGCUCCUAAAUAUUUUACAUAACAGGCUUGUUCUGAAAUAUGCCCUAUCAGAACAAGCAACCAAGAACAAUAAUCUUAUGAUCCUCGAUCCUCCUUUAUUUAGAAAACAACAGUUACUAUUUUGUUUGCUUUGCUGUAAGCAUCAAUCGUGGAAAGAAAACUGUUCACGAUCUUAUAUAAGGGAGAGAAGACUUGCUUGAUCUUGAUCUUUGUCAAUUACUAAGCCUCCGGUGUUAGUGUUUAGUGAAACAAGACUGCUAUCGUGACCAAAAUGUUAGGAGCAGAAGAACAUUUUUACCGUUUGAUACAGCAAUGUCUGCUUUAUCUGACAGGGCAUAUUUCAGAACAAGCCCUUUUAUGAAAAGAAUUAGGGAGCAUUGCCCCCUUUGGCAUUUAGCAAAAACAAAAUGGCCACGGUGAUUAGAUUGCAAAUGAAAUGUGCUGCCCAACUUGGACUUACUUAGAAUCUAGCAAGUCGUUUUACUCUUUGUGGUCUAAGAUUGUUUCGUUUUGCAAAUUACCUUAAGCUGCAAGAAUCUAAAUGUGCUGCCCAACUUAGACUUACUUAGAAUCUAGCAAGUCUUUUUACUGUUUGUGGUCUAAGAUUGUUUCGUUUUGCAAAUUACCUUAUUAAGCUGCAAGAAUCUAGACCAUGCUUCAGUUGUUCAAAAGAUGGAUAGCCCUAUCCACUGGAUAAGUCACUGUCCAGUGGAGAAGUGUUAGGGGAAGCCAAUUGUGCGAUCCAGUGGAUAGAAAUUUACCCAGUGGAUAGCAUUAUCCACCUUUUGAACGAACCUUUCAAAUAGGUUUGGUAGGUUUUGGAUAGGUUUGACACUUGGUUUAUUAAAUAAAUUAGAGUAUCUUUCAGUUCCACAUUAUUCUCAAAUUUUAGACACUGUAAGCAAUUUGGAAGUUUCCACAGAGCUAUAUUGACCAUUUGAUAUGUUUCCUUUAUAAGAUGAAAUAACUUACACUAGACAUUUUUGUUGACUAUUGUAUUAUUAUUAUUAAUAAUGUUGUCCUUAUAAUAAUUCACUGUUGUCUCCGAUAAGAUUCUAAGCGCUCUCUUCAACUCCAUAAUAAUAUUCAGCAAUGCUGAAUUUACGUUAUUAUUGUUGUACAACAAAUUAAUAUAAGAACCAGGCUUUCUUGGCAAUUAUUAAAGAGCUUCCUGCAUUUAUUGUUGUCAUGAUGUAGCAUCCAUGAAAGUAACAUCCAUGAAGUAUGAUAGAUUUAACAUCAGUUUUUUUUUGCGUCCUUUUGGAACUGAUUGGUUUUGUUGUCACAGAUGUAUAUAUGUUACUUGGUCAAAUAAAAAAGCAUCUUUGUUAUUUUUGGUAUUGGGCUUAGACUAAAGCUGUGAGAGAAAAAAAUUCCUUUAAAUUUCAUGGACGUUAUGUGACGUCCAUGUCAAUAGUUUUUUCAGUUACUGAUUUCUCCGAAAAAAUGUAAUUUGAAAAUACUGUGGUUUUUAAUGGAGAGCUAUGGUUAAACUAAAUACUUCAUGUUACAUUUGAUCUUCAUUGAACUCAGUUGUUUGAAUUGUGGUUAAAAGAUUAUUGCAUUCAUUAUUACCGGAAUAUGAGUCUUUUGGUAGUUGCUUACUUUGGUCACCCACUUCAGUAUCGAAUGGUGGAUCUGCACUUAUGUCCUGAUGAUUUUUGAAACUUCAGUCCUCUAUUGGCCAUGCCCUUAAAAUCCCCAAGUAGUUUAUUUCAAAAAUGGAGUGGACCAAUUAUACAUUUUGUAUGAUCAGAGAAGUAAAGGAUUAAGUAGAUGUGUCUGUUGAGAAUUGUACUAAGUGCUGGUUCUUGGUAAAACAAAUAAUUAUCACUGAUGUUUAAAAACUUGUUUCCAAGGUUGGUUUUGACUAUGGAAUCUCAUGGAGGUUUCUUAUUCCAGUUCAUGGAAACAGUGCAAUGUCAUGUGCAUGUUUGAUCAAAAUGAUUAGUUUUGGGGGUUUUAAAAUUAAUAUGUGGGCAAUCCAUUUGAAUGGUUACAUAUCUUAAAGAUUCUCUGUUUAUGAUAAAUUGAUUACUUCUGAAUUGUUUAUUUAUUGAUUUAUUUAUCAUUUUUGUAUUAUUUUUCAGGUUUUUGCUCUCCAGAGUAUAAUCCUCACACAAUGUAUUCAAAUUCUGGAAUCAUAAAUUCCAAAUUUUGGCCCCAAAGUUAUCUAUCUUAUCAAGACUGUUAUUGGAAGAUUGACGUUGGAGACAACAAGGCAAUUAAAAUUGCUUUCAUGGACUUUGAUCUGGAGUUUGAUUAUAGAUGUGAUAAUGACAAAGUCAAAGUAAAAGGUGAGAAAAGGACACCUUUGUAUUAACUGGUAUUAAUUAUAAUAGAAGAGAGGUGUCAUUUUAAUGGUUGCUUUAUUUUUAUUAGGAGGAGGGGGCAGGGUGCAAAGAAAAUCAUUUUUACAGCUUGUCAUUCGGGCAAGCUGAAGCUAUCAUUUACUAGCCCAGACGUCAUUUCAAUUAGUCCCAAAAGCUUUUUGAUGAGCAGAAUUGAUUUCACAGUUCUUCUGUUAUUUGAAUUCCUCAAAAAACAUCACUUGCCUGUUGGGCAAGUUAAAAACAGAAUUCACUAGCCCGUUAGCAAAAUCCACUAACCCUGGGCUAUCGGACACUCCUUGCUAUGCAUGCUGAUGGGGGGCAGGGUCAGAAAAGAAGUCAGUUUCACAGGUACAGCUUACCCAAAAGGUAAGCUGUACAAUGCAGCAAAUGCAGCAAAACCUGAGAGUUGUUUUAACUAGGCCCCCCCCCACUGCCCCCCAAAGCUUUGUUCCUGCGUUGUGUAAGGUCUCUAUUGAUCACCUAUUUGAUAACCUUGAGUCCGGAAAAAUAAAUUAUUUCUAUUAUUGUUUUGGAAAAAGUCUUGAUUUUUGGAUCCCAAAAUAUGUAUGAAAUCUUGAUUUGACACUCAUCUAAGGUGGCCGCCUGUGACGCAAAGCACUCGAUCUUGACAAUCUUAUCGAAAAAUAAGGGACUGUGGACAGUCUAAUGUUUCACAGUAACAAUUAAUGGUAGUGUUCAUUGUACUUUUGGGUAUUUGUUUUUCAGGGGGGAGCAGUUCCAGAUCAUAUGGUUCAUCCAACACUGUUAAAAGCUCAAUGUGUGGUUCAAAGAGUCCAUUCUACUUCACCUCAUCAUAUGAUAAAAUCUGGAUCAGAUUUAAAUCCGACAGCAGUAAACAAUACCGUGGUUUUGUUGCUGGUUAUGUCCUUUACAACUCAAGUAGGUCCCACAAAUACGAUAAUAAUGUCACUUUUAAAUAGAGGGUGGCAAUGUGACCAAACGUUUGACAAGACCUUGGAAAAUUUUAAACCAGAGAUUAUGCAAUUCACAUAUACAUGUACAAUGCAACCCUUCAAUUUUACCUUUACUUAAAGGACACAAUACUUGAGUAACCUUACAUUAGUUUUUCUUUCCUUACUGGCCCUUAAGCCUUGAAGGCUUGUCACAAUCAUUGUGUUUUCUUUAUCCUUUAUUGUUUAAAGCCGUUUAAUUGAGUCAAAUCAUUGACACUUUGACUUUAUCUAAGGGCUGUCCAUGAUUAAUAUACCAAAAUUGUGUUGCUGUUUUUUUUAAAUGAAAUUUGGUGGGGAUGGUUGUUGAGAUAAAAAUAAUGCUCUUGUCGGACCAAAAAGGUGCAAUCUAUUUGGUCAAUUUUGUGGUAUUAAAAUUUUGCCCAGAAUCCUGUGAUGUUUUUCCUGUAAUGCACAGUAAUUUUAAUUAGGUGUUGGGGUCAUGUCUUGUGCACAAGAUAAACACACAGAUAGAUAGAUGAAAAGCAAGAAAAAUAUGGAAUUCUAUUACAGCAAAAUAUCCUUCAUCACCAACAGUUUCUUUUUUUUUGACAUUUGCUGUUAUUCACUGCCUUGUUUUGAUAACGAUGCAAAAUAAAUUGUUCCAUAAAUUGGGGGAGGGUGGUAGCCCUGCUCACAGUAGCCCUGAUCACUGCCGUUUGCCAAGUAUGAAUGUUUUUGGCCUUGUGGAACUUGGUCGAAAGCAGCUGGUUUUCCCAGGCAAUAAUUUUUACUCUGGCAUAUUUGAUAGAGUGACCUGUGAGCUUAGUAUGUUAGGACACAGCAGACGUUCAUACUCGGCUUUUAUAGUUGUUGGUGAUGAAUAUUUGGCUGUAAUAUCAUAUCCCAGUGGCCGAACCAAAUCUUUAUUUUUUUUAUUAUCAUUGUGAUUGUUAUUAUCAUUAUCAGUAUCGUUAUCAUUUUUCAGUAUCAGUAUCAGUAUCAGUAUUAUUAUUAUUAUUAUUAUUAUUAUUAUUAUUAUUAUUAUUAGAUUCUAGCAUCUCAGGCUUAAAGGGUUUACAUUGCCUCGUCAAUUAUGCUUGGGAGCAUAGCAUUAAGCAGCCCUUACUUGAGUCCCGAAAUGGACAAAACUUUCCGUAAUAGCCCAGCUGUUCCUCACAGAGCGGUUUUGUGGAUCACUUCUAUUCUGUUGGUAAAAUUAAGCUUUCCCAUGUAUUCCUCAAACAUAUCGGAUACAGCUACCGAUGUUCCGUUCACAAUUGGAACAACUGUCACUUUCGUCAGCUUCCACAACUUUCCUAUCUCUUCGCAAUGAAGUUGGUACUUCUCUGUUUUCUCCAGUUUUUUGUCUUUUACUUGUACAUCUCCACAGAUAGCAUGUUGAUUAUCUUGGCCUCCGUUGCCAAAGAUGAUGUCUGGCCUUCUAGCUUCAUCCAUCCUAUCACACUGUACAUUGAAAUCCCACAGAACUUUAAAACCCGUAUUUUUUACCACUUGUAAAUGUUUGUACCACCGAUCUGCCCAUUCCAGUUUGGCCUUCCCACACAGUUUCCAAUGCACAAACCGUGAUUAUUCUUGUUAUCAUUGUCAUUAUUAUGAUUAUUAUUAUUAUAUUCUCGUCAAGUUUUCCUGCUCUCCAUCCCUUGUAGCUGGAUUCAAGCAGUGUACCUGGGACGUUAUAGGGGAAGAAGUCACUUGAGCAACAGUACUUUCCUUUGUAUGUGGGCUGUUCCAAUCAUUGUGAUUUCCUGGAUUUAAUUGGUGCUAAUGUUACCCGGGAUUCUACUAAUGACGUUGUCUAGUCUCUUCUUAGUAAGCCCUAGGGCUCCAACGACCACUGGUAUUGUUUCUGUUUUCAUACCCCACAUCCUAUUGACUUCAAUUUCCAAAUCUUUAUACUUGGACAACUUCUCUGUGAAUUUUGCUGAGGUGUUACUUUCAGAUGAAACUGAUAUGUCAGUGAGCAUGCACCUUCUUUCUUUCUUGUCUUUGACCACAAUGUCGGAUCUGUUGGCUUUUAUUUCCCUGUCGGUGUGCAGAGGCAUAUCCCAGUGUGUUGUGACCUCGCUCUUAUCGGUUACUGUUGUUGGCUGGUGUUCAUACCACUUCUCAGUUGUAUCGAUUUCAUAACCUCUGCAGAUCUUCCAAUGAAUGUCUGCUGCUGUCUUGUUAUGCUGAUAAAUGUACUCUGUUUUCGCUAAUACAGGGCACCCCGAGACAAUGUGAUCAAUAGACUCUUCAGAUAUUCCGCAGAUCCUGCAGUGAGAGCGGAUAAGUGAUAAGAGCAGGUAGCUAGGCUCAAAUCUUGUGCUUCAAUCAUAAGGCCUUCGGUUUCACCUUUGAGACCGGUACCUCUUAACCAUUGAUUUGUUUUCAUGUUGAUCUACAUCAGUGUCUUUCAACCUUUUAGGGUACUUUGUGCGCAUCAUCUUUUCCUCCCAAGAUUCUUGUAGUUUUUGCUGGCCAUGGUGUUUUGCCAUUUUCUCUAAUCGUUUCUUGUAAGUGGUUACCACCUCAGUUUCAUCUUUUGAGAUUUCUGGUAUACUAAGCUCUUUGCAAAAUUUUGCUGCUUUCCUUUGUUACGGAGUAAAGUUUCUUUCUCUGUUCAUGGUAUUUUACUAUUUGGAGGAGGGGGUCAUUGUUACCAGUCAAGUAUGCAUUCAGCCCUAUGGUGGUGGUUUUAAGGGACAAUUUGAGCUGGAAAAGGCCGCGUCCUCCAGAUGUUCUUGGAAGGUAAAGCCUGUCAACAUCUGAUUUGGGAUGAUGCAUCUUUGAAGUGGUCAGCAUCUUUCUUGUUUUAGCAUCCAUUCUUAUAUCACUCAGUUUCCAGUUGAUGAUGUUGAAGCUGUAUGUUUCAACAGGAAUAGCUAAGGUGUUGAUAGCUUCAAAUUUGUUAGCUGCGUUAAGUUCAGUCUUCAAUACGAUAUGUUCUCUUGUGUAAUAUUCUUUCCUUAUCUUCUCUUUUAUGGUUGAGUGUUGCAUGCCAUCUCCUUCAUUGGCGCCUAAGUACUUGUGCUUCUCGUGCUCAAGCUCUUCAAUUACAGUGUCCACGUCAAGAUGCAGAUCUGUGGUUUUGGACAGUCUCCCUCUCUUAAAAGUGGCUUUUGCACACUUGUCAAGACCAAAUUCCGUCUUGAUGUCGUUGCUUGUCAUGUCGUGCUUAAAGGCGCUAGAGCAUGACAGAAAAGUAGUGGUGAUAUUGAAUCCCUUGGAAGAUCCCAUUUCUUAUAUUUAUUGGUCUUGAUUUUAGUGUUCCAGCUGCGUGUUGAAGAAUAGCUUCAUGCUUUCAGUAACAAAUUUGAUUGUUGUGGGAUAGAUUCUAUAGAUCUCGUGGCCCUUCUUUAUCCAGGAGUGGGGAACACUAUCAAAGGCCUUCUAGUAGUCUAUCCAGGCUGUGGAUAAGUUCUUCCUCUUUGAUGUAGCCUCUUCCAAUAUGGCUUUAUUGAUCAGAAGCUGGUCUUUGCAUCCAUAGCUUCCCCUUCUAUAGCCCUUCUGCUCUGCAGGUAACAGACCAUUGUCAAGGGAGUUGUAACUCCUCUCAGCGAUAAUGGAGGUAUUAGACUUAUUAUUAUUUAUUAUUAUGAACUGAGGUUUCUGGAGGUAGAACUGCUUUGCGUGGUGUGUAAAGACGUUUAAGUCGAACCACUCUUGCAAGACAAAAGAGGCAGAGGUGCGAGGGUUUGCCACCCAAAGAAACAUGGAACCAGACCAGAUACUCAGGCAGCUCGAAACUGCAAGGAAGUGUCAGUAUACUAGCCAAGUGUUAGAAGUAGAACAAGUUACAUUCGCGCCAUUAGUUUUCAGCACGACUGGUGGAAUGUAAACGAUACCAUAGUAGGCUUGCCGAGCUAGUUGCUACAAAGAAGCGCGAAAGCUAUGCGACUACCAUGUCAUGGAUUCGGGCAUCCUUGGAGACCCAUGGGCAGAUAGUAGGGGCGAGGGAAAGUCUAAACAGGCGGAGAAAUAUGGCACAAAAGAAAAGUAAAGAACGGCCAGAAGAGCCCCUGGGGGCAAUGUCUUACCAGGCUAGUUCCAAACGGUCGCUGCCGUUCUGGCUUCUGAUUGGUGCUAGAAAACUGUGUUUUUCCAUUUACCCUGCUGAUAUUAGCUAUGCUUUGUUUACGAAGCUCACGCGAGUGUCUAGAAUAGUCCAGUUAGAACUGUCAGACAUGAAUUUAGAUACAGUAAAUCCUCGAUCCUCUUAAUUGAAUGGAAUGUUUUUUUAAUUGAGAUAAUUUUGUUUAAUUGAGAUGAAUUUUUAAAUGGAAAUUAAGGGUUUUUAGUGCUUUGACUGAAUAGUUUUUUAACCGAAAUUAAUUGUAAAUAGGAUUUUAUAGUUAGUUUGUUAUCAAUAAAAGAUUAUUUUUUAUUAUUAAAUUAUUAUUGGUAUUAUUAUUAUUAUUACCAUCCGCUACAUCAACAACUGCCUUCCUACAUGUAAGCAUAUGGCAAGACGGGAAUUAUCACAAAGUGGUGAUUGCUCUUUUUGCCUUAAUCCUGAAUCACUCCUUUAUGUUGUCGCUGGUUGUCAACAGUACCGUGAUCGCUUCACCUGGAGACAUGACUCAAUCCUUAACUUCAUUGUCAAGUCACUUCAACCCAUAAUUAAUGUUCACUCUUCAUUCUAUGCUGAUGUUAAUGGUUUUCUGAAUCCUUCAAUAAUAACUGGUGAAAAUUAUCGUCCAGAUCUUCUUUUCCUAAUUCAUUCCAAGUGCCUUUAUGUUCUAUAAUUAACAGUUGGUUUCGAGCUUAACCUUAAUAACAGUGCAGUGAGUAAAAAAGAAAAAUACAUGAACUUGAUCAAAGAAAUGAGCAGAAAUUACAAAUGUGUGAAAUUUGUAAACCUCUCCAUGAGCCCCCUUAGUGUUUUCUGCGACAAAUGCUCCACACUCUUACACAUUAUGAAUGACAUUGGUAUUGACAAAAAGCAGCAACAUUAUAUAAUCAAAAAAUGAUGAAUAUAGACAUUACAGCAGCAUAAUUACAUCUUUUGUUGGAGAAAUAGGAAUUGGGAUAGCCCAGACUUAAUGGAAUUUUAAUUUUUGAAUAUUCAAUCUCAAGCCGCCGAUGGUAAAUUGCCUAUACGUAGCGAGAUUUACAUUUGUAAAUUCCAAAAGACAAAUAAAGUUUCCUUUAUUAUUAUUAUUAUUAUUAUUAUUAUUUGAAUUGCAAAGGGAUUUUGCCAGAAUUUUGUAUUGAGAUUGACUUUUUCUUUUUAUGAAUACUUUACUGAAGUUUUGUGUGCGGCUUUUUAUAAGAUCUUUUAAAAUAAAGUAAUAAAUUUCCUUAUUAUUAUUGUUAUACUACAUGAGAAAUUUCUGCAAUUUGAUUGGCUUAGAUCAGUGGUAUUUCAGCUAAAUUUGAAGUACCUACAUGUGAUAAUUACAAACCUUUUGUGGGAAUUAAGUUUUAUAAACAAAUAAUAGCCUGAUUUGUACGUGAUAUUUGGCAUAAAUACCACUGGUGAUAUUUCAAAAUUGUCUCAAAUUUCACUCGCCUAACGGAUUGUGAAAUUACGUAUAACAAUUUCGAAAUAUCACUCUAGGUAUUUAUGCCAAAUAUCAGUACAAAUCAUGCUGUUACCAUGUCUCACGCCCCUUGGUGGCCUUGCCUCCCAAAGUGUUAAGCAGAAGCUCUAUCCUGUAGCCUCAGGUGUCUGAUCAUCUUGUGUUCUUGGAUAUGAGUCAGAUGACAUGGUUUGUUUAAUUCUUACAUUUCAUAUAAUAUCAUAUAACUUUGUCCUCUUUUAAACAGAAAGCAGCUCCACCACUAGCACUAUAGCUGGCAUUGUUGUUGGGAUCAUAGUUCUGGCGGUUAUUGCUGGCUGUAUUUACUACGUGUUUGUGUACCGAAGGAGACUUGCCAAGCGUCAGGCUGCAGCAGGACAACAUGCAAUGACUGCACAAGUUCAAGUGCCUCCUCCACAAGUUGGGGUACAUCACCCACCCCCACCCUCUCAACCUGGUUAUGGACCACCCCCUCCUGCAGGAUAUAGUGCACCCCCUCCCCCUGGCACUGUACCACCUCCAGGAUAUGCCCCACCCCCUUACAGCCAGGUUGUGGCUGCACCUUACCCUCAGCAAGGUCAGUUGUGUUACAAAAUUAUUAUUAUUGUUUAUUAAUUGAUUAAUUAUUAAUUAUGAAUGAAUUAAUAAUGAAGGAGUAUAUUUGCCAAGAAUUACUACUAGUGAAGAUUCAAGACAACGAAAUGAAACUUAGUUUAGCAUUACAAUUUCACUACAUUUCCUUGCACAAGUUACAUGGCAACUGUUUCAGAGUUUCUUUGCCUAUGGACAGCUAAAGAUCAGAAGUGAGCGGGUUGUAUUCCAGACAAAAUCCUAGCAAUUCAUUGUACUUUGCACCUACAAAGUUUUCUGUUAAAAAACCAAGCAGAUUUGAAUCAAAUCAAAUCAAAUCAACUUUAUUGGUACAUCCAAUUAAAAUGGGUUUUCACAUACCAAUUACAAUAAAAUCUAAUAUGAACAAUAGAAAUUCAAUAUAAACAUUUGAAAGUGAAAAAACAUUACCCUACUAUUUAAAAAAAAUAUAAAAUAUGCAUAAUUACACCUAUUGAGUGUCAAUGGCUUAAAAACUCGUCAAGGGCACGUCCUUUAAUCGCAUUCUUAAAAACAUUAAAUGACUCUAUGUUUGCUAAACUUUCUGGAAGGUCAUUCCAGAGCUGAGCAGCCCUAUAUGAGAAAGAUCGCUGACCUGUUGCUGAUCUAAAAGAUGGUACAUGAAGUUUAUCUUUAUUCCUAGUAUUUCUAGUAUGCAUCUGCCUUCUUGUCGAAAACUUAUUACACAAGGAUGGUGGGGCUAAUCCCUUUAUACAUUUGAAAGCCAUUAAAAUGUCUCUAACCUCCAGUUGCUUAGCAACCGGCAACCAGUGGAGUUCCUUUAACAUCGGCGUGAUGUGCUCAUACUUUCUUGUGCCAGUCACAAUCCGUGCCGCAAAAUUCUGAACUUUUUGAAGCCUAGCAAUGUUCUUUUUUGUUGUACUAGACCACAUGGACGAACAAUAGAAAAUCUUGCUGAACACUAAUGAAUUUAUGAUGGUUAUGAGCGUAGACCUAUCAAACAAAUGUUUCACACGAUUGAUUUGGCACAGGCUACCUGUACACUUAGAUACAACAUCGGUCACAUGUUCGUCAAAACUAAGGCGCGAGUCCACGAUGACCCCCAAAUCUUUUGCAGAACGAGACGGUAGAAUCUCCUUACCGAGUAGCGUAACUCCAAAACCCUCCGGCACACGAGCUAACAUCUGCGGGGUUCCAAGAAGCAAUAACUUAGUCUUAUCUGGAUUUAUCAGCAAGCUGUGUGUGCAACACCAGGCGGCAAUCCGUUGCAAAUCUUCGGAUAAAUGUUCCACAGCCAUGGCUGUCUCCUGGACAGGAAACGAGAGAUAGAGCUGGGAAUCAUCCACGUAACUCUUUAGUGAGCACAGGUUAGGGACAGCUGGAAGAUCGUUGAUGUAUAUAUUAAAAAGGGCUGGUCCCAAGAUCGACCCUUGAGGUACACCAUAAGCUACCUGGCGAGGAUCUGACACCUCACAACCAAUCCUCACCCGCUGAUUCCUGUCCGUCAGAUAGCUUCUAAACCAUUCCAUGGCCUGUAUAGACACACCCAGUUCUCGAAGUUUACGUAAUAGGAUCCCAUGCUCGAUACUGUCAAAGGCCUUUGACAAGUCCAACAGAACCAACGCUGUGACUUGUUUUCGAUCCAUUGCUUCGAGAAUCAUAUCGGACAUGAAAAUAUGGAGUGUUUCUGUCGAGUGCUUCUUCUUGUUUCCAUUUUGAUGUUCAGUUAAACAGUUCUGACGUGUUGUGUACUCCGUUAACUGAUUAAGAGCUGCUCGUUCGCAGAUCUUAGACAGAGCGGGUAGCAGUGAUACUGGCCGGUUGUUAUUAGCAACCUCAUGAUCUCCUUCCUUUAAUACCGGUAUCACCACGGACUCUUUCCAAGCAGAUGGAAAAACUGACGUUAAAAGCGAUCUAUUUAUAAGCUCUGUCAGGUUAAACAAAACAAAACUUCCCUUAAGUCAACAAAACUUCCCUUAAGUCAGUUUGUCGUCAAAAGUGAAAGGAAAGUGAAUUUUAUCAGACCACAGUGGGGGGAGCAUUUUAAAUUGAAGAAUUUCGCUAACAACUAAAAUACACUGUGCCAAGCUUUUCACCCAUGGAGAGUUGGAAAUUGUCAAGGAACAGUGAGGUUUAAAGCGGGGGAAAAGAAAAGAACAGAAAAUUAAAGACAAAACUUAGUAUUAGAAAUGUUCCAUUGUAUCUGUGUAUUAGAGCUAUCUUAAUGACAGGUAUGGUAAGGAAUUUUUAGCCAAUGCUUUCCCAUCGCAUAUCGUGAAUAUCCCACCCUUUAGUGUGUUUUUUCUUUGUGUACACAUUGCUUAGAGGCUUGUUAAUUUACGUGUACCCAGUAUUCCUUUACAAACAGUAGGAUCUAUAGACUUUUCAAAAGUUCGUUUUGAUUGGGUCAUGGAUCAGGAGUGAAAGUGGUCUACUUUCAAGGGUUUUGCACUUGUUCUUGUGACUCAGUCGACUUUUGGGCAAGUCUCUAUGAUCUAGUAUGUUUCCUAUAUAAUUUUAUCACCAUCUGUAGGUGAAGGGGGAAAACGUGCGCAGCUAUAGUCUCUCACGUGGUACAAAACCUCCAUGCUGAAGAGCAAGACGCACUGGGAAAAGACAAACAAAAGAAAUUACUAUUUUAAAUGAUUUAAGACUUUUGUUUUUCUUGUCCCGGCUUUUCCCUUGUACUCCAGCAUGGCAGUGUUGUACCACCUGAUACUAGCUGCAAAGGACUUAUAGAUAAUUGGAGAAGGGGACAUCGCAUUGCAAAAUCAUUAUGUGGAAACAUUGGAGAAGAGAAUAGUUAGUAAAGGUUUCGUGAUAUGAUUGCGUUUUGUCUUGACUAAUCAUAUGUUUAUAUUUAAAGAUAAAACUGGACAAUACCCUCCGCCGCAGGGUGGGCCAGCACCCUACCCAGUUCAGCAGACUGCAGGAGCCCCACCCUACCUCCCUGGCCAGCCACUAGCAGUGGCUCCUUAUCCACCAGAGCAGCCAGGAGGUGCACCAGGCUACCCUACAGCUCCACCAGCGGGUGUCGCACCUUACCCAGCAGUGGCACCUGGAGGUACUACCCCCUACCCCUCAGCAGCACCUGGAGGCUCUGCACCCUACCCCACUGCACCACCAUGA